UCAGCGGGUGGGUGAGUUGUCUUUGCUUCUUGGUAACUUAAACUUUGUGAAACUUAAUAGGAAUAGAGAGCUUACUGAUUUGAGUUUGUUCGCCAUAAUGCGUAACUGCCCUUUGAUAACUGAGAUCAGGAUGGAAAGUACCUGUCUUGGGAAGAAGAAGGUGGAGGAGAAUUUUUUGGUUGUGAAUUAUUCUCAUGUGAAGUUUCUCUAUUUGGCUAAUAAUUUAUGGCUUGGUGAUAGAAGUCUCACUAUACUUGCUUCCGUAUGCCCAAACUUGGAGAUAAUGGAUUUGAGCGAUUGCGGGACCCAUUCAAAGGGUGCUAUUGAAGUUUUAUCGAGGUGUUGUAAGAUUCUUCGCUUGGACUUUGCUCAUUUAGGAUACAAGGAGUUUCCGUUUAAGGUUAACUUUGAAGUUCCUACAUUGUUCGUGUUGAAUUUGUCAUGGUCGAUAAUUGGCAAUGAAGAACCCUCUCUUAUUUCAAAGAAUUGUUACAACUUAAAAGAACUUAAAUUGGAAUAUUGUAGCAAAAUCACGGCGAGUGGGGUAAAGCAGGUGGUAAAAGAUUGCAAGCAACUAAGAAUGAUAAGUUUGUAUUCUUGUAAAAACAUAUCUACUGAUGUCAUUGCUUGGAUGUUAUUGGCAAGGUCAUCGUUGAGAAAAAUAACAUUUGCUAGUGACACGGGCCGGAGGGAUCUCUCUCUACGUCAUGGAUGCGUUGUUGGCUGGGAUCUAAGCGGUGGUUGGUUGGGACUAAGCGGUCGUUGGUUGGGAUUCCGUGGGAUUACUAACGUAACUGAUUCUCUCCUAAUCCGAUAGGUCAAUAACUAAGCAGGCGUGAAAUCAUUUGCGAGACUGAUAGCCUAGAAGCUUUCUUGUUCAGCAAGAGAAUACCUCCAUGCAUAGAGAAGAAUCUGACCUCCUUCUAAAGAUUAUGGAAGCACUUCACCGAAAUUAUACACUUUUGGUUGAUUUGUUUUAGGAUUAAUUAAUUUUUCAUUUAGUCAAAGUUUCUUGCCUUGCUUAAUUGGUAUGUUUAAUGGAGAUUGAAUCUCAAACUCUUUUCACAUAUCUAGUACUAUGUAAUCAAAAGCAAAUCUGUUAUAUUAACAAGCUAAGC